AUGACCAAUCAAAAAGAUGACCCUUCUCAACAGGAGGAUAGCGAUCCUCCAAAAGAAUAUGAUCCUGGGCAAUUUGCAGGCCUUCUCCAUGGAUCCUCUCCAGCCUGUGAGUCCCCUGAAAAUCCAUUUCAUCUCUAUGGGAAAAGAGAUGAACGUGAAGAAGGACAAGAUGAAGUCAGUUCAGCAAACAGUCCUUUGCCUUUCAAGAAGUCUCCAAUAGCAAAUAACUCAGAACCUUUGGUAAAGAAAAUUAAACCCAAAGUGGUCAGUAGAACAAUUUUUCACAAAAAAAGCAACCAACUUGAAAACCAUACUAUUGUUGGCGCCAGAACAACUAGAAGUGGAUCCCGGAAUGGAGACCAGUGGAUUGUGAACACGGGAGGAUUUGUGGAAAGAGCCUGUACCCUGGGGAGAAUAAGAUCAUUGCCAAAAGCCCUGAUUGACAUGCAUUUAUCAAAAAAUGUCUCUAAAUCGGAUUCUGAUCUCAUUGCAUACCCUUCAAAUGAGAAAACACCAAGAGUUAACUGGAGUGAAUCUUCACCUGCUGAACAUACUUCUAAAGGGAAUUCUGAAAGAACACCAUCCUUCACUUCUGAAUGGGAAGAAAUUGACAAAAUAAUGAAUUCCAUAGAUGUUGGAAUUAACAGUGAACUUGAGGAAAUGAAUGGUGAGACCACAAGACCCAGAUGCCCCGUCCAAACAGUGGGACAAUGGUUGGAAAGCAUUGGGCUACCUCAGUACGAGAACCACCUGAUGGCUAAUGGAUUUGACAAUGUACAGUUUAUGGGAAGUAAUGUUAUGGAAGAUCAGGAUUUAUUGGAAAUUGGAAUCCUUAAUUCUGGGCACAGACAAAGAAUUCUACAGGCAAUCCAGCUCCUUCCAAAGAUGAGACCCAUUGGCCAUGAUGGCUAUCAUCCCACUUCUGUCGCUGAGUGGCUGGAUUCCAUUGAACUAGGUGACUACACCAAAGCCUUUCUAAUUAAUGGCUACACAUCGAUGGACCUGUUGAAAAAAAUCUGGGAGGUUGAACUUAUUAACAUGCUGAAAAUGACAUAAACUUCAUUAGGAUCACCAGAGGAGGUUACAAGAAACACCUAGGCUGCAUUUGGGGAGCAGAUGAUAUUAAAAGACGCUUGUAUCAAGCUAAAUACCAGCCUUCUUAUUACGUAGCAUUAAAGGGAUUUCUUGGCACAUCCAGACUUCCAUUUCUAAUAAUAUUGUGUUU